AUGNCGGAAAUAGGCUAUUGUUCUAUCCGAGCUGGACACAUUAAACAAGGUGUUGAGUAUAGACAAGAUUCGUCAGGUGAAAGCCCCCUCACUGAAAAUGAAGUUAAUCAAAGUGGUCCUACAUCCGGAAAGCUAAAUGGAAUAGAUGAUGAAAAAAUAACAAAAACGAAUAGCGUUAGAGAUGAGGCUGAAGUUACCGAAGAAACAACAGGAGAACAAGGCGAGGGGAAGGAGACAGAGGAGGGAGUUGAAAAGCGUGCAUUACCAGCAGUGGCUUUGACGCUUCUGAAGAAUCCAAAAGUACAAGAAGCUGUUAUCGAAAAAGGGAUCGAAGUGGCGGGGAAAUUGGUGGACAAACAACUCAAGAUAAUUGACGAGGCUCAGGAAAAAGCGGAGCAGUUUUUGAAGAAAGAGAUCAAGUUAGACAUAGAACCGGACAAAUCGUGGGCAACCAAUAGCCUGUAUGUCCCACCAGGAUAUCACUUCCAAUCGUCAAUCAGUGAUAAAGAAUCCUCCUCCAGCAAAGAAGCUCCUGAUGUCCCGUUUGUGUACCCAGCAGGCAUCGGCAGCGUAAUGAUGAACGGUUGUUACGGAAAAAAUUACAGUAGUACUGAUCCUUGCUACAACUCAAGAGCGAAGUCGACUGUAUGUUGGAACCAGAUCGAUGGGGCAGCAUUCCUUGGAGUAGGAUUUGACGGACGAGGAAAGUACAGUCCUGAAUCAAGAAAGAUGAGCAUUGUGCAAAGAAACUGCAAGAAUAAAGCAACGUGAGAAAACAUUGAGUGUAAUAGGUCUUACUUAGUUUACGUCAUUUAUUAAAAAUCCUCUCCAAGGCUUGUUUACUAAAAAUCUCUUUCACACCUUUGGCAUCUUUGCACAGAUUUGGUGUUUUGCUUUGUUUUUGUUUCUGUUUGUUGUUGGUGUUAGUUUUGCUGCUGGGAGAAUUUGAAUUGACCAAUCAGGUUUCAGCAGGCGGGAAAAAUUGUACUAUCCUUACGCGAAAACGUUGAAAUUUUGUCGACCGCACCCAUUUUUUUCCCCAAUAAUUUGGAGUUUUUUAAGUCAAGAAUCCUUUAAUGUCCUUCUUUUAGUCUUCUCAGGAAUUUAAUUAUC